AUGUCGACGGCAAUACGAAGACUGAUUAAAAGCACAAAGGCAAUCAAAACGUACAGGAGAACAUGCGAAGGAGACGCAUUCCUCCACGGGAGGAUGCAGUCUGUCAUGUUUCUGCUGGAAGGGACAAACUGGGACUUGAUAUCCACUACAUAAAUGCCUUCAAAGGUCGGGGCAUUUUCACGACUGUUCCAUUCCAAAAAGGAGACUUCCUUUUGGAAUACAGAGGUAAACUCAUAACAAAAGACGAAUGUGAGCGGAGACACAGAGUUUAUCAUGACAGCCUGAAGGUGUUCAUGUUUGAAUUCAAGUUUGAUGGAAAACUCUGGUGUGUGGAUGCAUCUCAAGAAGAUGGGUCAUUAGGCAGACUUGUCAACGACAACCACAUCAGUCCAAGUGCUAAGAUGAAAAUAUUAAAUAUCAAUGGAAAGCCCCAUCUAUGCUUAUUUGCAAGCAGAGACAUAAGUCCAGGCGAAGAAAUAGACUAUAAUUAUGGUGACUCGGAUUGGCCCUGGAGAUGCAAGACUGAGACCAGCCAGAUUCAGAAGACUGUGAGCUGCCUAAAGCCGCAACCAAACUGCAUUCCAAACAAUGAUCUGGACCUGAAACAUCCAGAGCCUGAAAGGGAUCAUGAUGAAGAAAUGCCUCAGCAAGGCUCAGAAGCCAUGCAUUCUUCUUCAGCGCAAGAUUCUGAAGAGACUGAGACAAGCCAGAUUCAGAAGCUUGUGAGCUGCCUAAAGCCGCAACCAAACUGCAUUCCAAACAAUGAUCUGGACCUGAAACAUCCAGAGCCUGAAAGGUGUCACAGUCAUCGUCUGGUGUGCACAACAAUAUCAUCUUUGGACAAGUGCAUUCAGUGUGUGGGACCGGUUUCCUCCCUCAAGUGGCUUGGCUAUAAGUGCAAAGUUUGUUUAGGGGUCUGGCACAAAUCCUGCCUUGCAAAAUUGUCAAAUCAGAAUUGUCACCAGUCAACACAGAAAGAAGAAAUUUCUGAAUAUUCAGGGGAAGAUGGAUUGCCACAUUCAGUUCUGGAUCAAAUAUCAAGCGAUGAUGAUGGCAACCACAGCAUAUCAGAAGAAGAAUAUGUGCCAGAUUCAGAGUCAUAUGAUGAAGAUUCAGAUGAAGACAUCUCAUUAUUGCCAAGCACAUCAAAAGGUCUGCUAUGCCAAGAUGACAUCUCCAAAGCGCAUGAACAAUCAGAUUCAACGAAUUUAAUCCACAACUUGACAAAGGACAAGCCAGAAGAUAAAAGUGAGCUUUGCGAAACUGAAUCAGAAAAAAUGACUUUAAGUAAAAGAAAUUACUGCUAUUUUUGUGGCAAACCACAAGCUAAAAUUUCCCGCCACCUGAAAACGCACAAAACAGCUCCUGAUGUUGUGCAUGCAUUUUCCCUGCCUAGAGACUCAAACGAGCGUAAAAGCCUGUUAGAGAAAUUGAGAAAUAAGGGACAUUUUAAGCAUAAUGCUGCAGUGUUGCAUGGUGGAGUGGGACCACUGAAAGUGAAGAGAAGACCCAAGAUUAAAGCAGUAGAGGGAAAGUUUGCUCAUUGCUUUUAUUGUCAAGGGAUGUAUGUUCGCAAGGAUCUUUGGAGACAUGUCCACAGAUGUCCUAACAAACCAAAAGAUGACACGGAUAAAGAACCUGGAAGAACCAAAGUACUCGGCCUGGCUUUAACUCUGGAGUCUCAGUGUUAUCCGCAGGUGUCAAGUGGAGUGUGGAAGGUUCUUGCUGUUAUGAAACAAGAUGAGAUUGCCUCAGCUGUGCGAAAUGACUUUACUGUUAUUCAGUUUGCCCAGUCCCUCUACAAUAAACAUGGACAAGACCCUACUAAGUAUGAUUAUAUACGACAGAAGCUUCGUGAAGCGGGACGUUUGUUGUUGUGUCUGCGUACAGAAUUCUCAGUGCAUAACAUCGAAGAAGCUAUUAAGCCUGCUAACUUCCAGAGAGUUGUGCAAGCAGUAAAGAAAGUUUCAGGUUUUGAUGAAGAGACACUGUCAUACAAAACUCCAAGCCUUGCGCUGAAACUGGGACAUACACUGCAUAAAAUGUCUGACAUUAUCCAUUGUCGUGCCCUCAUGACAGAGGAUGAAGCCCUAAUCAAGUCCACUGAUGCGUUCAAGAAGUUGUAUGUCUCCAAAUGGUCCGAGAUGGUGUCUCACCGUGCCUUGAACACAUUGAGUGAGGCAAAGUUUAACAAGCCAUCAACAUUGCCCUUUACAGAAGAUGUUCGGAUUCUCCAUCACUACCUUCAAAAAUCUGCAGAAAGUGCCUUUUGCAGCUUGGAGAACGAAGCCACAGCUCAGAAUUAUGCCCAACUUGCACAAGUUACACUCUCACAAAUCAUUGUGUUCAAUCGAAGACGUUCUGGAGAGGUUUCAAAGAUGCGCCUCAAAAGUUUUCUUGAAAGAGACAAAACGGCACUCCACACAGAUGUUUCCAUGGGGCUCUCAGAAAUGGAACAGGGACUCUGUAACUAUUUCUGUAGAAUAGAAAUAAUGGGAAAAAGGGACAGAAAUGUUCCAGUUCUGCUAACACCAAGCAUGCUGGAUGCUCUGUCACUACUGGUUAGUAGGAGGCCUGACUGUGGUAUUUGUGCCACUAAUAUCUACCUCUUUGCAAGACCCCGAUCAAUGAGUCAUUACAGAGGAAUGGACUCCUUGCGUGUUCAUGCACACCAGUGUGGAGCAAAGCACCCUGAGUAUCUAAGAUCGACACAGCUCAGAAAACAUGUUGCCACACUCUCACAAGUCCUUAAUUUGAAAAACAAUGAACUUGAUCAGGUUGCAGAUUUCCUGGGUCAUGAUAUCCGCGUUCACCGCGAAUUCUACAGAUUACCAGUUCCCACAACACAGCUGGCCAAGAUUUCCAAACUGCUUUUAAUACUGGAAAAAGGACAUCUUUCCCAGAUCCAGGGGAAAUCACUGGAUGAGAUCGAAAUUGAAGAUGAAAUUGCAUUAAGUGAUGCUGAAACAAAGGACAGUGAGAGUGAAUCAGAUGAUGAUGACACAGCACUCACAAUGUCGGCGUGUGGCACCAGUGAGCCUGUACAUGCAGUAGCUGAUUCCACAAACACAGCGCAGCUCCAAGACACUGUAGAUUGUGCAGAUGAAGAACCACUCAUAAUGCCUGCAGCAAGUGAGACUGCUGCUCCCUCUGAAGAUAAAAAUGCUGCUCAAUCCCACAAUUCCCGAAGAGCUCCCAAAAACAUGUGGUCCAAGGCUGAGGUUGCUGCAGUGAUGAGGCAUUUUAAAGACCACAUAAACAAAGGGAAACUGGCCACCAAAAAUGAAUGCAGUCAUUGCAAAUUGGUAGAAGAUCCGAUGUUGGCAGGAAGAACAGUUCAAAACAUAAGAGAUUUUGUAAGAAACAGAGGAUUAACUGCAAAAAGGCAGAAAAAAAUGAACUAAAAUAACUGUUUAGCCAGAUGUGGUUUUACAUCUUGGUCAGAUGGCCAAACUGUUGUUAAAACUGAGUUAUUGUGCAGCAGGCUGCCUGAUGUUCUGUUUAAAAAAAGUUCUUGUUAAUUACAGAAGUAGUUUGUAUUUCAUAAUUUUUUUAAUUAAUUUAUUUAGUUUUUUUGACAGGUUCUUAUUUUAAUAUAUUUUUUUUGACAGGUUAUAUUUAAAAUAAAAAAAUAUAAAUGCAUAUUUUCUCCCCUUAAUAUUUACCUUUAAACUUCUAUAUUUUUAUAUUUCUGUGGUUAGCGUGGGCAUUUUUGUCCAUAGGGUUAGGGUU